UGUAUUGUAACUCCAUGUAAAUCGAUCCUGCAAACUAGUGUGAUUAUUGCAUACUGUAUCGUGAUAGUAUUUUUAAAUUAAAAAUUUUUUAAAUUUUGUAAAGUUAUCACGAACUUGUUGAGGAAAAAUUUCUACAACCGAAUGCAAGCAAGAAAUUAUUAACUUUUGAUAAUAAGUACAGAAAAUAAGUCGAAUGAUAAAAGUCUUGUUCUGACCUAACCUGCAAUCUUGGAAAUUUUCAGGAUCAAUUCAACAUCGAGGAAAUUAUUUUAUACGUAAAGGAUUACGUACAUUUGUGACGUCAUUAUAAUGUUUCACGAACAAACUUAUUUUGUGGUACAUAUUUACGGAAGUAAAUUGAAAUAAUUUCUUACAUUUGAAAUUAUAUAUAAAAACUCAUAAAAUUUGUUGUCUUGUCAUUCAACGGCGAAAAUAAUCAAUAUUUUGUAUAAAGGAAAAAAUUAAUCACGAUGUCAAUUAUAAACAAAAUAGGAAAAGACACAAUAAUUUUCGCUACUAAAGAAGAUCAUUCAUCUCCAAGUAAAAUUCAUCUUCCUAAACCAGAACCAAGCCCAGGUUUACUACUUCCUAAUGGGGAAAUCAAUUGGAAUUGCCCUUGUUUAGGAGGCAUGGCAACGGGGCCUUGUGGUUUAGAGUUCAGAGAUGCCUUCUCUUGUUUCCAUUACUCUACUGCCGAACCAAAGGGCUCAGAUUGUUAUGAAGCAUUUAAAGUGAUGCAGGCAUGUAUGACACAAUAUCCUGCACUGUAUGGCAACAAAGACAGUCAAAUUGAUGACAUCGAUAUGGAAGACCAGCGAGAAAUAAAUGCACCCAAAAGUCAAGAUGAUGAGAGCAAUUUCAAAAGUAGGCUGUCCAUUAAUCAAACAACUGAAGAAACCAUGCCUGUAAAAAAUACAGAAACUGAACGAGCAGCAGCUGUUACAAAUAAUUGAGGAAUUAAAGUUUAGUAUCCGUAGGGAAAUUUUUCAGUAUAAUUGUGAAAGAGGUUUUUUUUUUUUACUUUAAAAAUAAAAAUUGGUUUGAUUAAUCCUGUACAAAAUUUGUUACGUAGC